GCCGCACACAUUUGUGACCCGAUAUUUCUAUUUCGUUGUCCAUUGUUCCGGGGGGGUGAAAGAAAACCUCGCAACGAUCGUCGUUUUGUCCAUUUUUUCCUCAAACUGAGCGCGAAUCGGGGGUGAAAUUUCAAAAUUCUGGCGAUUCCGAACGUGGUGAAAACAGCGGGUUUCUGGCCGGCAGGCAAAAUUGGCGCUGAAUGUUUCAGCUAAAAGAUGGCCGACAUUGAGGAAUGGAUGGAAAGUGAAGAUAAUGGGGUAGGGCAGUGCGCUAUCAGGAAAAGUAAGGCUUAAUACUUGCUUACCUAUUGAGCGGGGGUUUUUGUCGUUCGAUCAAAGCGCGGAACAUUCCGGUCAAGAGACUUACCAGAGGCGUAAAUAUUGUCAAUGUGGUGGUUGAUAGAUAAGCCAGUUUGAAGACCCAAUUGAUAUGAUUUCAGUGGAUUUGUCAGUCAACAAUUUCCCCAUCUAGCAUCGACCUUAAUCAGUACGGAUUCUGGAUUUGCGACAUCAAGCCGACAAAAUGGGGGAUCAGAGAACGUCUGGAAUUUAUUGGGCUCAGCUGAAAGCCAUGCUGAAAAGGAAUCUUUUGUUAAAGAAACGGGAUAAAAGGAGAACGAUGGCGGAAGUUCUGCUGCCAAUCUAUACGCUUGGUGUGCUUUUCCUGAUCAAAGUCGCCGUGCCAAACCCGAAUUUCCCGGAACUUAAUCAGCCUGGAGGAGCGGCGGAACUUUUUGGCAAAUUUCGCAAUGGCAGCCACACAGUGGCUGUUGUGCCCAAUUCGACUGAAGUACAGGUAAUAGACUUCCUGAAAACCGUGGACGUUCUAUGGGAAAAUAUCAACGAAAACCAGAACGCAAAGUUCACGCCCAUUGCCUGGGUGGUGUAUCCAACAAUCGAAGAUCUGCUCACCGCUUACUGGAUGGAGCCGAACGCAAUACCACUGGCUGUAAUCUUCAAGUCUUCUGAUCCGAUCAAUGGCCCGUUGAGUUAUGAGAUCAGAACGAACCCAAACCUGUUUGAAACCCCAUCGACUGUGCAACUGUAUGGUUCGCCAGCGAGUUGUCGGGAUUACAAAUCGAUCUGGCAAAAUGUUCCAGGAGUUCCCACUCCCGUGCUGCCCCAAGGCUUGGAAGUUGAGGACAAUUGCCCAGUGAACCAGUAUUAUUACUCUGGAUUCCUCGCUCUGCAGGCUCUAAUGGAUUUUACAAAAAUUAGACUGGAUGCAGGAAUUGAAAACUUAGCCAUUCCGAAAAUAUUCCUCGAGCUCUUUCCAAAGGCCUCGUAUACUGGUGACUGGAUGGUGAUAGUGCGGGUGCUCAUACCGCUUUAUACCGUUAUAGCUCUUUCUCAGUUUAUCACCUAUUUGCUUAUCCUGAUCGUGGGGGAGAAGGAGCAGAAGAUCAAAGAAGGAAUGCGGAUUAUGGGUCUAUACGACUCGGUGUUUUGGUUGUCUUGGUUUAUAAUCUACGCUAUAUUCGUGCUGUUGCUGACAAUAAUCUGUUGCACUCUACUAUUUGCUUUAAAUAUAUUUACCAACACGUGUUUCAUUAUGGUGUUUAUGCUGAUAUUCAUGUACUGUCUGAGCAUUAUAAUGUUUGGGUUCAUGCUGACGCCGUUCUUCGAUAAAUCCAGAACCGCAGGAAUUCUUGGGAACUUCGCCGUUACAAUCUUGAGCUUGCUCUACUUCAUCCAGGUGUUUGUCCGCGACUCCAGUUCAGUGGCUCUAUGGAUAGUUUCCUUGAUCAGUCCUGCAGGAUUUGCCCUAGCUAUGGACAAGGCACUUUUGAUGGAUUUGGCUGGAGAAGGUGUCAACAUUUCCAACGUCUGGAACGGUCCUGAUAUGCCCUUUGGCGGCAGCUUAAUAAUGAUGGCUGUUGAUGUGGUUUUGUACGGAUGGAUUGCUUAUUACCUGGACAGCGUCAUUCCGAGCGAACAUGGGGUGAAAAGGUCGCCCUUUUUCUGCUUCAACCCGCUGUUCUGGUGGAAGUCGCAACCGGUUGAUAAGAUUCCACUCCCAAAUGGAGAAUCCGUUGGCUCUUUGGCCGGCGAGGAAGGAGUUGCGGAUUUCGAGCCAGUCCCUCGCGAAAUGAAGGGCAAGGAAGCGAUCAGAAUAGUGGAUUUGCAUAAAAGAUUCAAAAGCUUUCGGAAGCCCGAAGUCAAAGCAAUCAACGGGAUAAACCUGACCAUUUACGAGGGACACGUAACGGCCAUUUUAGGACAUAACGGGGCUGGAAAAACGACGUUGUUCAAUAUUUUGACUGGCUUGACUGCGCCCACUUCAGGCACGGCCUAUAUUUUUGGAUACGAUGUGAGGAACCAAAAUGAAAUGGAUCAAGUGAGAAGAAUGACCGGCGUGUGUCCUCAACACGACAUCCUCUUUGACAACUUAUCGCCUAGAGAACACUUGGAAUUUUUCGCUACUGUUAAAGGCAUUCCUGCUUCGAAAAUUGAGGAAGAAGUGUCCAGGACGUUGAAGGACGUGGAUUUGAGCGACAAAGCGAACACUCCAGCCACUCAUUUGAGUGGCGGCCAGAAGAGGAAACUUUCAGUGGGGAUUGCGGUGAUUGGCGACCCGAAAAUUAUAAUUCUGGAUGAACCCACAGCUGGAGUGGAUCCGUAUUCCAGAAGGCACAUGUGGAAUGUGCUCCAAAACAGGCGACAUGGUCGAGUUAUAUUGCUGACGACGCAUUUUAUGGAUGAAGCUGAUAUCUUAGCUGAUCGGAAGGCCGUGGUGUCCAAAGGAAAUAUUCGCUGUUGCGGCAGCUCGUUGUUCCUAAAGAACAAGUUCGGGAUCGGUUAUCAUCUGACGUUAGUUUUGGAAGCGGCAGCCAAAGAACAAGCCAUCUCCCGCUUAGUUACCACGCACGUUUCCAAGGCUGAAAAGGCCAGAAGACAUGGACGAGAGCUCAGUUUCAUUCUCCCUCAUAAUGCGGUGGAUCAUUUCGCCUCCCUGUUCAGUGCCAUCGAGACCGAGAUAACCAAUAAAAGCAAGCUGGGCAUUUCAAGUUACGGGGUCUCGAUGACCACUCUGGAAGAGGUGUUUUUGCACCUGGAAAAGGGCGAAGACGAGGUAGAAGAAACUGUUGACAAUCUGUCGAAGAAAAUUGUGCGCAAUCGCGCGCUGAGCAGAAGCCUGAGCCUGCAGAGCAAAAGCACUAGCUAUCAAAGCCUGCAGAAUGAAGGAAUCAACUUCAUCGAAAACGGCCACGACGCCAAAGGUAGGCAAACCGCCGUUAAUCCCGCAGAUAUGACCGAUGAUGGAAUCUGCCUCGUAGCAGGAGGAGACGUAACGGAAAUAGGCGGCUUGGAGGCGAUAUCGGAAACAAAAUCCCCCAUAUCGGGAAUAGGGCUGGAGAAAAUCGAAUGCCGUCCCAAUGCCUGUCAGAUUGUCCUGGCCCUGAUCAAGCUGAGAUGUUUGCGGAUGUUUCGCGACAUCCAGAAGCUCUACUUCAUGAUACUGCUGCCACUUCUAUGCGCGGCUCUUAGCCUGUACUUUGAUAAUUAUUUCCAAAACUCGAACAACACGAGCAAACCGUUGGAGCUGAAUGGGAGCACGUAUGGAUUGAUGAGCACUGUGGCCAUUCACAACAGCUCCGGCAGCGAUAUCACGACAUUCAUUGACCAACUGGUUGACUUGGGGGUGCGACAAACUGAUUCGUACAAUGGGAACUUUUCCGCGCUCUUGGACUUUGCGCCCCAUCUAGCCGCUUUCGAUGUGCAUAAGUUUGAGGAUGGCGAGUACAGUUUUACGGUGUUGUACAACGACACUUUCCAGCACAGUUUGCCAGUCACUUUGAACUUGUUAAGCAAUGCAAUUUAUAGGCUGCUCACACCUGAAAAAGUGCGGAAUGGUAAUUUCGAGCCAAUCCGAGUGAUGGCACAGCCGUUUCAACAAACCAUGCAGCCCGAAGGGAUCAACAUUGCAUCAACCACGCAAACCAUCCUGAUCGGAAUGGUUCUGGUCAUGGUACCUGUUAGCUUGGCAAUCGACUUGGUCCAUGACCGAGAGUUGAAAACGAAAAAUCAGCUGCGAGUCAACGGCCUCUCAACCACCAUGUACUUCCUCACCUACUUCAUAGUGUUGGUGGCCAUUAUGAGCUUAACAUGUGCAGCGUUGAUAGUGAUGAUGGUGGCCUUCGAGAUCCCGGCGCUAAGAGAAUGGCCGGCCAUCGUCGUCUUUAGUUUGCUGAUUUUCUUCUACUGUCCAUCGUCGAUACUCAGCUGCAGCUGCAUCAGCUACAUCUUCGAUAAGACCGACUCAGCGCAGUCAAUCUUGCCCAACAUUGCCACCUUCCUCGGCUGGAUUCCGUUCCUAAUGGUGGUUUUGCUGGAUGUAAUGAAUGUUGGCAAAACCUUCGCUUUGGUGCUUCACUGCGUCUUCUCCCUUACCAAUACCAUGUACAUACCGUAUUCGAUAGUCUACUACAUUCAACGAGUCUAUUUACUAUGUAACGUGAAUUUGGCCUGUGAUCGAUUAACUUUAGCCAGUUACUGUACGCCGGAAAUUGGCGUUUUGCUCGCUGGAAUGAUCAUCAAUAUUCCGCUCUGGUUCGUGCUUCUACGGAUUGUCGAUAUUAAGAAGAGCGGAGGACGAGCAAGAGAUGCCUUCAAUUUCCUGCGCAAGACCACAAGCGAGAACAACCUACCUGAAUCAGUGGACGUGUUUGUGGGAGAGAAUGAGGACGAAGAUGUUCGAGCCGAACGGCAGAAAGUGAAAAACUUCAUCGGCUCCAACAACGUAAACCAUCCGGUCGUGAUGGUGCAGGAUUUGCACAAAGAGUACAAAAACAAACUGGCCAAAGGCAACCAGUACUGUUCCUGCUGCUUUAAGGCGGAUGAACCCGAGGAAAAAAUGAAGGUUGCUGUUAAAUCUCUGUCACUCGCAGUGGAUGCAGGCGAAGUCUUCGGCCUGCUGGGCCAUAACGGGGCUGGAAAGACCACAACGAUGAAAAUCAUCACUGCGGAAGAAGCUCCAACGAGCGGAAGAGUUUUCAUUGGCGGGCAAAGUAUCUCCUCGAACUCAAACUCAGUUUUCCAGCUGUUGGGCUACUGCCCUCAACACGACGCCCUCUGGAAGAACAUUACAGUGCGCGAACAUAUUGAGAUCUACGCGGCCAUUCGUGGAGUUUCCCAUGGAGAUAUUGGAAAAAUUGUCAAUAGAUAUAUAAGCGGGCUGCAAAUUCAAGAACACGCAGACAAACAAGUGAAGAUGUGCUCGGGCGGCACCAAGCGAAAACUCAGCUUCGCCAUGGCCAUGGUGGGAAACCCGAAAAUUGUGCUACUAGAUGAGCCCAGCACUGGAAUGGACCCGAGGAGUAAACGGUUCCUGUGGGACACUAUUUUAGCCAGUUUCCAGGGAUCCAAAGGAGCGAUCCUGACCACGCAUUCCAUGGAAGAGGCCGAUGCACUCUGCUCCAGAGUGGGAAUAACCGUCAAAGGAGAGUUAAGGUGUUUGGGCUCCACGCAACACUUGAAGAAUCUGUACGGAGCUGGAUACACUUUGGAGUUGAAGGUGCGGGUUAAGGAGGCCACUCCUUUGGCGAAUUCGGGCGACAGACAUCGGGAAGUCAUCGACUUUGUAGCAGAACUCUUUCCCAACUCAUCGCUAGAAGAAGUGUUCGUCGAUAGGCUAGUGUUUAGUGUGCCUCAACACAGUGUGCCAUCCUUGGCAAAGUGUUUCAUGCAGUUGGAGAAAGCUCGAAUAAUGCAAGGUUGCAUUGAGGAGUACAGUUUCAGCCAGACCACGCUGGAGCAGGUUUUCCUUAAAUUUGCCCAAUACGACGAGAUUAAUGGAGAGUGAGCCACAAUGACCUAAACAUUUGCGAUCAUUCAUUUUUCUAUUUCCAUGUCAGUUUUCACUGAGGAUUUGUAGACCAUUUUCUCCUGAAACCCGAGUUGGUGUCCAGGUUUGUGUUCGGGAGUCUGGCUUUUUACACUGUUUUUUGGCUUUUUCCGUUUUACUAGCAAACUCUUUCCGUCGCAAUUUAUUGCGGGGGAAAAUGGUCCACAGUGAUGGAAAUUUGCAACACAAUUUUCGUACUUUCACUUUGUUCUCAACGCUGGGGCGUAUUUGCGCUUCUGCUGCUUGCUUCUAAUCAAUGGCGGUCUCAGAGGAAUGUUUACUGGGGCGAUUUUUUUCUGUUUGAGUUUUACCCAGAUGUGUGCAAAAAUGAAAAAUACUCGGGACGUCUGGAAGAUGAAUGCGGAAGAAAAUUACUCAAAAUGUGAUUGGUUUUACAAAGAAAAAAAACCUUUUAUAGAUUAUCACCUUGUGACCGCCCCUGUUCGGCACCACCGCAAGUCAAGGCCCGACUGCUCUGACGUCACGAGAACCAGUUCGCUGUAAGAGAUUCUACCGGUUCGGCCUACUUCUGACGUCAGAGCAGUUGGGUCUUGACUUGCGGUGGUGCCGCCUUGUCUCAUUAGUUUUGAAACCGUUUUCAUUGGGUAUUUUAGCUCAAAAAUUAUGGUCUUUUGAAGGAGAGAUUUUUCUCACAUAAGAAGCUCGAGCCCUUUUAUAAAUCCGUAGUAAAAAUUGGCAAAACUCUGUUUUUGUAAGACAGGAAAACUUUGGGGCAAAAUACCCAACAAAACAGGAUUGAAAAACACGAAUCGGCCUUAACAAUAUAACUUUUUUUAUCUGGAGAAUUCAUUGACAAUAUUGUCGCCCUUAAGCAGUCAGAAACUCUCGAAAAACUUGGAACAAUAUUGUCAAUUCUGUUGAUUCAAUGAAAAUGUAGCAAAUGUCGUCGUAAUACGAGACGAACAAUUUUUUUCCGAAACCCUAAAGCAGCGUAUAUAGCUUGAAUUGUAGAUAAACUAGCUUAAGGUGAAACAAUGUUAAAAGUGAUAUAGGCUAAUAUGUAAACCUUUAAAGUGGUUUCGAGGUUGAUAGUGAGUGGGAAAUGAGAAGUUGAUCGUUGUUAAGUGCGAAUACAGGGCCAAACAAAAAGUGUUUUAUGUUGAAUAAUUUAUAAUUAGUAAAAAAAUCAAAAUUUUUAUAAUAAUUCGAGUUAUAACGAUUGAUAAUUAGCAUUUAAAAGCACACGCAAGGCGAAAACAAAGUUAUACACACACAUAGUACAUAAAUACAAAUCAAUAGAUCGGUGCUUUUGUGACAAAGUGCUUUUAAUAUAAUGAAAUACAGGACGCAGCAUUCCGUUUUUCUGUUGCUGAUAUUACUAGUUUUAGCUCUGAUUAAUUGUGAUAAUUGAUUUGUGAUUAAUUUUCCGUUCACCUAGUUUUUACUGAGUUUUUCGUGGCGAGCUCUUCGAGCUUGUAUCAGCACGUAGAAUUUAAACUAGCUGCUAAGCGCCUUUGUAUUUUUUGUUCAUUUUUAACUGAAGAAAACAUAAUAAGAAAUAACCAAAUGCUACAGAAGUGGCUCUAACUGGAAACUUACCAUCUACAGACGGUUUGUUCGGGAUUAUAUCAAUCAAUUAUGUACAUGUAUUAUGUAGGAAACUGAAACUGAAUUGAAUACUAAUAAAGUUGCUAAUUUGUA